AUGGAAAGCGCCCAAGGAACCCCUCCAGCAUACACAGAGUCCACAUCGUCUUACGAUCCGGCCGAAGACAGAUUGCCUGCCUACGAUGAAUCACAUCUCCUUCCUCCUCGUCCAGGAGAGCCAGGCUAUGCCACUGAGUCUAUCCUGACCCGCGGGCUAGAGGUCCCAUCCAGAUCAAGAUCCUUUUCUUCAGGCUUUGCCUACCCUCCAUUUCUGGCGAACUACUAUGUCUCCGAGCAGCAAUGGAGCCAAUUCACGCAGGAGAUUGUCACGGAGGCCAAACUUUCCCCACGGCGAUGGUCCAUUGCCGUGGGGAAGGGCCUAGGCAUGCUCGCUAUCGGCUCCCUCAUGAUCGGCUUCUUCAGUACAGUCCCAGCCUAUCUGGUGGCUCGGAAGACGUAUCGAGACCUCGAGCACCGAAAUCUGGUAUAUGCGACAUCGCAACUGUCGCGUAAGAUCGGCAAGUGGAACGAAGAUAUCUUUCGGCCGCGAGGUCUUCUCAUCCGGGUCGACCUGCCCGCAGACGCUGUAGCCGAUAUCCGUACAGCAAAGGAAAAGGAAUAUCUCAAGGGACGGGUGGUUAUAAUUCUGUUGCAUGGCUGA